CAGAGCUGCCGAUAAUUUAACAGCGAAAAUGUCUGAGGAAAUGAUAGCUUCAGUUGGUGAAGAGGCAGAGAUCACACAGAAAGAAGGAUACGAGACUGAGAACUCCACCAUAAAGCUGGAGGUUAAGGAAGAAUCAGAACAGGAGUUUUCUCCAGAUGUGAACUACAAGUAUGAAGACCUUCACUCCAGACCAUUCAUCACACCGGAUUCUGACAUCCCAGAGAACCUCCUGCACCUCUCUCACUCCUUUGGUUAUGACAGUGGCCGCAGAGGAAACCUGCAGCUACUGGAUGACAGAACUCUGAUGUUUAUAGCAGGAAAUCUGCUCAUCUUGCUGGAUAUUUCCACCAAGGAGCAGAGAUAUCUCCGCUCCUGCAGCGGAGGAGGAUUCGGCUCUAUCGCAGCACACCCCAGCAAAGAGUACUUCGCAGUAGCAGAGAAGGGAAAUCUACCUGACAUUAUAAUCUAUGAAUAUCCCUCAUUACAACCGUACCGUAUCCUCAAAGGUGGAACAGCGCAAGCAUACAGCUUUGUGGAUUUUAACCGAGACGGGAGCCUGUUGGUCAGUGUUGGCAGUGAACCAGAUUACAUGUUGACACUGUGGGACUGGAAAAAGGAGAAGGUGACAAUCUUUACAGACAUUUCUCGGGAGGUUUACAGAAUCAGCUUCUCUCCAUACAACCCAGAACUGCUCACAUCUUCAGGAUCUGAUCACAUCAAGUUCUGGAAACUGGCCGGCGCAUUCACCCAUCUUACAUUGCAUGGACAGAUGGGAUAUUUUGGAGAAACAGCAGAGACAGAUAUUGAUGGUUACGUGGAACUGCCUGAUGGAAAGGUGGUAUCAGGCUCAGUCUGGGGCAACUUACUGCUUUGGGAGGGGAACGCCAUCAAGGUGGAGAUUUGUCGUAAGGAGGGGCGCAGCUGCCAUGCAGGAAAGGUCCAGCCGUUUGCUCUGGAGGAUGGACAGCUCAUGACAAUUGGCUCUGAUGGAGUGGUCAGGGGCUGGGACUUUGAAGUUAUCAACAGUGCCAGCAGUAAUGGCCACAGCAGUAAAUUUGAGAUGGAGCCCAUGAAUGAGAUGGUGGUAGGACACAACGUUUCCCUCUCUUCUGUGGUGAAGAGCUCAACGCCUGACUCUUUCGUCUGGUUUGCUCAGGAUUCCAGUGGAGCCAUCUGGAAACUGGAUCUUUCAUUCACCUACACUACUCCAGAUCCAGAGUGCCUGUUCUCCUUCCACGCCGGGCCAAUUAAAGGCCUGGACGUGUCGAGGAAAUCUCACCUGAUGGCCACAACUGCUUUGGACCGCUCUAUUAAAGUUUUUGACUUCUUGGCAAAGAGAGAACUAACCACCAGUCGCUUCAAUCAGGGUGGAACUGCUCUCCGCUGGGCUCCAACUUUGGUGAACCAGAGUGGAGGUCUACUAGUGACAGGAUUUGAAGAUGGGGUGGUGCGGUUACUGGAGCUCUUUAAUCCUCAGAGGCUUCACCUGGCCAGUGGGCGCAGUCCUGUAGGAGAUGCCAAGCUGCGCUUAAAACAAGCCUUCAAACCCCAUAAUGCAACUGUGACUGCUGUAGCAUAUGAGCGAAAUGGAGAGAUUUUAGCCACUGGGAGCUCAGACUGCACUGUGUUCUUCUUCACUGCUGGGGAGAAAUAUAACCCCAUUGGCUUCAUCCAUGUUCCCGGGCCAGUGCAAGCGCUGGAGUGGUCACCUCGUUCACAUAGUGAAAACAGGCUGCUCAUCAUGUGUCAGAGCGGUCAUGUUGUGGAAGUGCAGAGUCCUGAUCCAGAGGCUCAGAAGCCGACCAAAACCUUUCAACUGCCUGAAUUGCCCAGAAAAGUUUUCAAGUUCAGGAGCAUCAAAUCACAUAUCAAACGAGAGCAGGAAAUUGCAAGACGCCAAGAAGCAAAGGAAAAGAAGAGGAAAGAGAGAGAAAAGAGGCUGAAAGAAUAUAAGGAGCCUGCCUUAGAGCUGGAAGAUGAAGAGGAGGAAGAAGAAAAGGAAGAGUUGCCUCAGAUCUUCAUCCCUGACCCUCCAAGUCCUCUCUACUGUGGCUUUUACUCUCUUCCAGGGCAGUUCUGGCUCUCCAUGGGAGGCUUUGAUGCAGGUUUCUUGUAUCACUGUAAGUUCUCUGAGAACCAGGACCAGGAUCCAGACCAGCAGCAGGAUGAACCCUUUGACUUUCUACCCAUUCAAAAUGCAGAUGAAGACCCUAUUUGUGCAAUUACCUUCAGCUCCAACAGGCAGCUGCUGGUCUGUGGCAUGCACUCAGGCUUCAUCAGGAUUUACCCUCUGCAGCCAGGCGACCACAACCUCACCUCAGUGCAGGCCUACUGGACUCUCAGCGUCCACGACAACCAGUUCGGACACCUGUGGCACAUCUGCUGUAGCUAUGAUGACCAUUUUGUGCUCACAGCGGGAGAUGAUGGAAACAUCUUCUCCUUCACUCUGAUUCCUCCAGAAGAGCUCCAGAAAAGCCUGCAGAGGAAAAGAGCCAAGGUUCCUUCUCCAAGGAGUGGUCUUGAAAAUGAGGCAUUAGCUCAGGACAUUGAGGACCCAGCAGCAUACAGCCUAGAGACAGCAAAACAGAAGCUUGAGAAGGACCGCCUGCGUCGGGAGGCAGAGUUGAAGACUGCAGCAAAGAGGAAAAAGCUUGUUGAGCUCCAGAAGAAAUUUAAACAGCUGCUGAACAACAACCAGAGUCUACCAGAGCAUGUUCGACUCAAAUCUGAGGAUUUACAGCUUGACCGGUGCUUCGCUGAGCAGGCAGAGUGGGUGAAGGCUCAGUGGGUGUGGGAAGUCAGAAAGCAGAUGAGCUGGGAGGAGGAGCGCUGCAGCAUCGCACUCAGUAAACUACAGGACUGGUUCAGGAACUCUCUUGAGUCCAACAUGGUAACUGUGGUCGCCAUCUGCAGUGAGCACAGAGUCACCACCUACCAUUUGUCAGCUCCCACCAAAACUUCAACCCAGAAUCAGAGAAGUGCAAGCCAGCCUGAUGAAGACAAAGCUGCUGUACAGGGACGCAGAAAAUCCAGGGCUGAACCUGCAAAGAAUGGCUGCAUAUUUGAAGAGGAGGAGAUGCUGCGCCCCCCAGUGACUCGUCCAGCCGGCAUUAAGCUGGGAGACCGGCAGAUAGAGAGGCUCCGAAAGGCUGCAGAGAAAGCUGAACAGGCUAGAGCCAGGAUAGAGAAGAGGAAAAAGGAAUGGGCUGAACUAUUUGCAGAGAAACCAGACGAGAACUGUGAGGAUCCAAAGGAUGUUCAGGCCAUCAAGGAAGCCAAAGAAACUAUUGGAGAUUUAAAGCUGAAAUCAGAUAAAGACUUCACGGUGCCCAAACACCUAAGGGUGAACACUGAGGGAAAACGAGCUGAGCUGAUGAGCCUGGAAGACAACGUCCGUCAGAAGCAGACUGAGAUGAACAGACGGAUCGUGGCUCUUAGGGACUCAAAGGUGCUUCUGUUGUCUCAGCUGCGUGCUAAGAUGGAGCAGUUAAUCAAAAUCCAGCAGCAUCUGCCAGUCCAUCUCCACCGCUCUCCACCCACACUCCCCUCCAUCCUACCAGAGGAAACCCCAGAGAAGAGGCUGCAGUACAGCCAGGACAUGCUGGAGCGAUACAAAGUUCUGAGGGAUCAGAGGUUGCAGACCAUGGUGCAGGAUGGAGAUACUAAUGUAUUGGAUCAGCUGGAGAAAGAGGAGGAGAAGAAAAAGACAAGGGAGGAAGAAACUCUGAGCCUGUCAGCUACAUCAGUUUCCAGAGAAGAAGAGCGGACAGCAGGAGAGGAAGGAGCAGAGCUGAGUGAGCUGGAGGAGGAGCUGCAGAGAGAGGAGGAGAUCAGACGUCUGUACGAGCAGGACUCUCUGCUGGAGGAGAUGGAGGCUUCGGUGUGUCACUUUGAUGCGGAGCUGAAGCUUCUGCGUCACCAGAAGCUGCAUCUGGACUGGCAGCUGAAGAUGGCCGACCUCCGUCAGCUAACGCUGUACCAGGAGCUGCUGCUCAUCCAAGAGUUUGAGAAUAGGGAGGACAGCCUGCAGGAAAAACUCAACGCACACAUUAAAGAGGAGGAAAACAUCACGUCUAAGCUGGAGGAGUUCAAUGAGCAGCUUGAACAGAAGAGGGCCGACAUCACCAGGCUGCAGGAGAGAGAAAAGGCCCUGUUUGCUGCCUUCCAGGCCUUGUUAGGUCUAGAGCACAAGUUUGAAGAAUUUCUGACCAAAGUCUUGAAGGAAAAGAUCAAACGUGUGAAAAAGAAAGAGCCAACUGGAGAUGAAGAAGAAGAAGAGGGUAGUGAUGAAGACUCAGAUGAAGAAUCAGAUGAAGACUCAGAUGAAGAUUAUGAUGAAAGCUCAGAGGAGGAAGGAGGUUUAGACACAAGUGUUUGCCCUCCAGGUUGUGAGCAAGAAUUGUUUGAGAACACGCUGCAGCUGCGGGAGCGUCGGCUGGACCUCGAGGAGCUCAUGGUGGAGGAGAAGAAGAGCACCGAAUUUCUGCGUAGGCAGUGUGAGACCCUGGUGAAAAAGGAGAAAUCUGUAAAGAGCGGUCGUAAGGCAGCAGAGGAAGACUUGGAGUUAGCUUACAGGGAAAAACAGCAGAAGAUGAACGAACUGGAUAUAGUGAUUCCGCUCAGACUGAGCCAGAUUGAGUUUCUCACUAAUGGCUCAGUGCCAUCUGACCUGAGCCCAGCGCUGGUUCUGAACCGUACGGAGCUGAAUCGACUGCAGGAGCGAAUCGAGCAGCUACAGGUGGAGAAAGACCAGCAGAAGAAUCUGUAUGAUGCUGCUCGGCAGCAACAUGUCAGGCUCCUCCAUGACCGUAAACGCAUGAACACCAUGAUUCAGGUGCUGGAGGAGGAGUGUAACCAGCUGAUGAUGAUGAAGUACGGGGGGCUGGUGGAUCUGGAGGUGAUGCAGACGCUGUUAGGGAGCAGGACGGUGGAGGAGCUCAAGCAAGAGAAACUCCAGAAGGAAAUUGCAUAUGCUAAAGAAAUCAAAGAGUGGGACAGGAAAGUGGAUGAGGCACGUGAGGCUCUGAUGAAGGAGACCAAGCACAACACAGACUGUCUCCGCAGCAUAACAAGCCUCCUCAACCAGAAAAGAGAACUGGAGAAAAAACUCAACGGCAGGCAGAAGAAAAUGGGCAGACAGUUCCAGGACUACAGGAGACGUGUGAUUCACGAGGACAUCCAGCGGCUCCGGGAACACGUGAAAAAACAAUCCCAGCAGGCUGAGGCCUUAAGGAAAGACAUUUUCCUCCUGUCCCGUCAAGGAGGCUACGUCGUGGCCCCUGGCCAAGUCUCACCACAUGCUCUUGAUCCCGUCUACACCCCCACAGACUGCACCAUGACAGGAGCUGAUUAACAAUUGACAGAGGUCAGAGAAAAUACAGAGAGGUCUUCUCGGUCAUAGCAUUUUCUUGAAAGUUAUUUUUAACAGUAAAAAGUACUUCAUUUAAUUAAUUAUUUUCAUUAUUUUCAUGUAAUGGCAUAUUAGUAAGAGAAGAGUAGAAACAGUUAUUUGUUUCUCAUUAAUUAAAGCUAUCUGCUUGGCUUUGCGAUAAAAACUUUUUUUUUUAAGCCCUUCCUGUCACUGAUUUAGAAAAGAGAUCCUUUAAGGAAACAUGCAACCGUUAC